CUAUUUUUGGACUCGUUGAUUGUGAUCCGGUGAGGCUUUGGAUCAGUGUUGCAUUCGUUGGUAGUCACUCAGUGAUACAAAUAACAUCCUUGGUGAUUCAAGCGGCCGAUGGCGUGAUGACAGGCUGAGAUUGCGCAGUAUCACAGUAUCCCUGACCACUCAUCAUCAUCAGCCCCCAAUUCGAAUUUACGCGAAACGAUAAUGCAUUCUCAUAUCACUGAAAAACAUCAUGCACUUGGCUCCUUUCAACCAACAGUCAUUCUUCAUGGCGGAGCGGGUGCGAUAUCUCGGGCCAGUCUUUCCCCCGAGCUCUGGGCUCGAUAUGAAGCGUCACUUUGGAGAUACCUGACUGACGCGCGAAAGCUGCUGGAUUCAGGAGCCUCAGCACUGGAUGCGGCCUGUGCUGCUGCGACGUGGUUUGAGGACGACCCGCUCUUCAACUGUGGCCGGGGUUCGGUCUUCACCGAACAAGGCACUGUUGAAAUGGAAGCCAGUGCGAUGGUCUGUUCACUUGAUCCAAGUGGUCCUCCUGCAGGACAGAUAAAGCGUGGAGCCGCCGUCAGUCUGGUACGAAACACGAGGCAUCCCAUCCUUCUCGCCAGGGAAGUAUUGAUGGCGGCAGAUGGAGACGGGGGUAUGGGCGGCACGAGCACGAUGCACUGCCAUCUCAGUGGCCGAGAUGUUGAGGAAUGGGGGUGGGAGGAGAGAGGACUCGAGAAGAAACCAGACCGAUGGUUCUGGACGAAAAGGCGAUGGGAAGAGCACCGUCGCGGUCUCCAAAAGCAGAACACCGGCUAUACCUAUGACGAUCUUCUGGCAUCCGUAGACCGGUUUGCGGCCACCGAGGAAGAAGGGGACGGUGAUGAUGGUGUUGAUGAAUACCCUAGUCAAGGCACCGUCGGCGCGGUGUGUCUCGAUUCCUGGGGGAACCUGGCCGUGGCCACGUCGACCGGCGGAUUGACAAACAAGAAGGUAGGGAGAAUCGGGGACACGCCAACGAUAGGUUCUGGCUUCUGGGCGGAAACUUGGGAGGAGGAAGUCCCAGAGAAGACCUCGGCCAUGGUGCAAGCAAGACGAGAGCAGAACCUCGAGUCCGAAACCAGCCAGAUAUUGCCACCGAUCGCCGGUAUACUCGGUUCGUGUCUUACCCUGUUCCAGGCCCAUCAAGAGUACCAACCUGUGAUCAAUCCUCCAACCUACAGUCCGGUGACUCCACACCACUCUCCGCCCAUCCUCGAUCCCAGGCGCUCGACCUUACGGAAACGUCGCAGGGCUGUUGCAAUGAGUGGUACUGGCAACGGUGAUUCGUUCUUACGCACGAACGCUACUCGCACCGCUGCCUCCAUGUGCAGAUUUUCCUCCAGAACAUCCCUGGCACGUGCCGUCAGUGCAGUUGCCGGGCCUGGUGGCGAACUGCAACAGUCGGCCGGUGACCGAUGGGGUCAUAGUGGUGAAGGCCAGGGCGGUAUCAUUGGCAUCGAGAUCGAUGAUGGCCCCGUCUCAAAGGAGUUCUUGGUGGAGCAAGACUACCCUACCAUCAAAAGCUCGAGUGCUUGCUCAUCAACGAAGAAGAGAGGGAGAUCAGUAUUCGAUUUCAACUGCGGCGGUUUGUUCCGCGCCUAUUAUGAACUUGAUGAGAAGACAAGUCGAGAAACACCCAAGGUUAUGGUAUUCAAGGAGGAAUACUGAGCCUCAAUAUAUGCAAGAUUGGGUCUAGAUGAAGAUAUAUACACGUCGAGAACCUCUUGUCGGGCCUUGCACC